AAAACCCAACUCAGAGAUUCUUCUUCUUCUACUUCUCUCUUUGAGAUCAGUUACAAAUUGAGCUUUGUUUCUAAGACAAGAAAAUGCGGAGACAGAGACAUAAGCGUUCAAAGAGUUGUACUGUUCUUGAAAAGAAAAAGCUUGAAGAUGAGAAUAGCAUUGAUUCUUCUCUGGAUGUUUCUCAACGCCUCAAGCUCGACUUACCUCGUUGCGGCGAUAAAUCUGUUGAAACAAAGAAGGAUCUGUCCCCUGAUGUAAAAUUCAAGAGCUCUCUGAAGCAAGAGAUUCAAGAGCUUGAGAAAAGAUUACAGAACCAGUUCGAUGUCCGUGGUGCGUUAGAGAAGGCAUUAGGCUAUAAAACGCCUUCUCGAGACAUCAAAGCCGACUCUACUCCGAAGCCUCCAACAGAGUUGAUCAAGGAAAUCGCGGUGUUAGAGUUGGAAGUUUCACAUUUGGAACAGUACCUUCUAUCUUUGUAUCGUAAAGCAUUUGAUCAACAAACAUCUUCUGUAUCGCCACCAACAUCGAAACAACAGAGCUGUUCACCUAAAUCUACUCUCAGAGGAAAACGUCUAGACUUCUCAAGAACAUCUGAAACUCGGUGUUUCUCCUUUGACAACAGACUGAAGAGUCCACAUUUGGUGGAGAAGGAGCUAGAGUCUCCUAACCUUAGAUGCAGACAAGAAAGCUUAGCCACGCAACCUCGAUGUUUCUCAUUUGACAAUAGACUGAAGGAACCUGGUUCUGCUGAUCGACAAUUCAAUCAAGAAGACUCGAGAAUCAAUUCUCAGUGUUUCUCCUUUGACAAUAGACUGAAAGAUCAAUGUUUUAUGGAGAAGGAGGACAUCGAUUCUUGUGUACGCCGUUGCCAGUCCUCUCUUAAUCAACGUUCCACCUUCAAUAACCAAAUAUCUCCACCAGAAGACUCGGUAUUCGCGUGCCACUCCCAACCAUUGUCUAUACAUAAAUACAUACAAAAUGGAUCAAAUACUGCAAGCCUUGCAGAACAGAUGGGAACUCGAAUAUCCGAUCACAUAUUUAUGACUCCUAACAAGUUAUCAGAGGAAAUGAUAAAAUGUGUAUCGGCUAUAUACUCCAAGCUCGCUGAUCCACCAUCGAUAAACCACGGUUUCUCAUCCCCGAGUUCGUCUCCAUCAUCAACAAGCGAGUUUUCGCCUCAAGAACAGUAUGAUAUGUGGAGUCCAAGCUUCAGAAAAAACUCGUCUUUCGAUGAACAAUUUGAAUUCAGCGGACCUUACAGCUCAAUGAUUGAAGUGUCACAGAUUCAUCGAAACCAUAGGAAAGGACGCGACCUUGACCUGAUGAAUCGAAACUUCAGCUUACUUAUUAAGCAACUGGAAAGUGUUGAUCCAAGAAAGCUGACUCAUCAAGAGAAACUGGCGUUCUGGAUUAAUGUACAUAACGCGCUUGUGAUGCAUACAUUUCUGGCAAGUGGGAUUCCACAGAACAAUGGGAAGCGGUUUUUACUACUCUCCAAGCCAGCUUACAAGAUAGGAGGUCGCAUGGUAAGCGUAGAAGCGAUACAAAAUUAUAUUCUUCGCAUCAAGAUGCCUCGUCCUGGCCAGUGGCUGAAGUUAUUACUCAUUCCGAAAAAGUUCAGAACCGGAGACGAACAUCAAGAAUAUUCCCUCGACCAUUCGGAGCCUCUCUUAUACUUUGCCCUUUGUUCAGGAAACCAUUCUGACCCUGCGAUUCGUGUUUAUACGCCCAAGGGAAUAUACCAAGAGCUAGAAACCGCAAAGGAAGAGUACAUUCGCGCAACGUUUGGGGUUAAAAAAGACCAGAAACUAGUCUUACCAAAGAUCAUUGAGACUUUUAGCAAAGACUCAGGUUUGAGUCAAGCAGCAUUGAUGGAGAUGAUUCAAGAAUGUCUCCCGGAGACAAUGAAGAAAACCAUAAAGAAACUUAACUCGGGGAGAUCCCGAAAGAGCAUUGUUGAAUGGACGCCUCAUAGUUUCGUGUUUCGGUAUUUGAUAGCCAGAGAACUUGUUAGAUGAGAUUUUUAUAUGGUCCUUUUGGUAAGGGUUUUUGUUUGCAGGACUCUGUUUCUUGUAAUGUUAUAGGAGAAUGUAUUGUGAGUGUAGAGAGUAGAAAUAGAAAUAGAGGAGAAACUGCAUG